GCAGCAUCUAGUGAGUAAACGGAGCAGAAAGGAAACCGAGAAAAACAAGAAGAGCAGCGAGGGUUUUUUUUGUUGAUUGAAAAGUUCGAGUACGAAAAAAGCACAAUCAGAAGGACAUUGUAAUCUAGACACAUUCUUGCCCGUGUGCCCUAAAGACGUCGUCAACACAAUCUGCCCAAGCCCAAGCAUUCAGAUUAACUCAGGAUCCGGGAAGGUAACGGGAAACCAUCAAGAAAGUAGCUACAGAUACACGGUGGGUGAAAUGUCCCUAAACCCGCGCUAGGCGUAGUACACCAGACGGUACUGCUUUUACUACUGCAAUAUAUGAAACAGACUUGAGACCAAAGAAGCUGGACGUGUGAUAGACCGUACACACGCAUACCCUUUCGACCAUCCAGCUGAAUUCCGGACAAAAGAGAAGCAGAGGCAGUGGAGUGUACGGAAAGUGAAAUUGUGAUGAUUGUCCAAGAGCCAGUGCAGGCCGCAAUAUGGCACUGCCUAAACCAUUACCACUACCAGGACGCUACGUUUCUCGCCGAAAGGCUCUGUGCGGAAGUGGAUUCGGAAGAGAGCGUUUUUCUACUUGCCACAUGUUAUUAUCGCGCAGGACAAAAGCAUCUGGCACACUGGCUGCUGUCGAAAAAGAGCGUUCGUUCGACUCAAUGUCGAUUUCUGCUUUCAAAGUGCGCCUUUGAUUUAAAAAAAUACUCGGAAGCAGAAAACGCGUUGAUAAACGAUGAUCAUCUCAGACCUAGGCAUUUGGAUGAGAUAGUGAAGGAGUUUGGCGAUAUUGCCUGUUUCGCGUUAGAGUUGGUUUCAAAAAUAUGCCUAAAGACUGAACGAUCCAAGCUUGCAAAUGACGCCAGCCGGAGAGCGAUCAAGUUGAACCCGUUCCUGUGGCAAUCGUUCGCCGAUCUGUGCAGCCGGGGAGAAAAGCCCGAUCCAGAUAGUGUGUUUCAGCUGACCAGCACUGACAUCUUCCAAACCAGCCAAGCACAUCAUUACAAUUCGAUCGUGUGGUUUGGCGGGACAGGGGGAUAUCACAAUGGCCCGCUGGACUCAUCGGUAGGAGCCAACGAUUGCACGACGGAUCAGAUGGGCGAAAGUGUUGAUAAUCCUUCGACGCCGGUUGACCAAUGUUUUACGCAAAACGUGAACACACCGAACAAUCAACAGCCUCCCGUUGCGCCGCCCGGGAUGGGACACGUUCCUCAGCAGCAGCAGCAGCAGCAGAACCUGAACUACUCGUACUUUAACAGUUCUGUCGGAUCGAUGCGUUUAGGUGGGGCCAAUGUAAGCGCUGGCGAUCAAACACCAACCGCUAAUGUAUUCACGGAACACAACAACACACCAUUCCGUAAGCAGCAGUUUAAGUAUCUUUCCGCGAUAAGCCCUUCGACACCCAGCUUUGGCGUGCUACCGAUCGUGCACACACCCAACGAGCCGAUAGCGUUCCUCAUAACGCCCUCUCCCCAGCUGGUGCCGAUGGGCACGCCGGUCGGGCAGACGGGAGCGACGACAGUGAUACAGCAGCAAGGUUCACAGUUUAUGCAAUUUGCCACCGGUAUGCAACAGACGCCACAGCAGCAGCAGCAGCAGCAGCAACAACAACAAAACCAAGGAAUAAUCGGAGACGGUACCCUAGCAGAUCCGCACGCUGUAGCACCCAAUCGCAAGAUUGCACUGCUAAGUAGCAACAAGAAAAUGCGUCGUCAUCACCAUAACAACCUCGGCACUAUGGGCAACAUUAUUAACCGUAAGCACGACUCGCCGCACCAUCCUCAGCAGGCGGCGAUCCAGUUGCUCCAGCAGCAGAGCACCAACACCAAACCGAUCGUGUUCAGCCAAACCGGAAAUCAACUGACAACCACGCCACGAACACCGAACACGACCGGCGGUGCGCUGCAGCACGGCCAGAACGUACGGCGCAGCUCGCGCCUCUUCAGCAACAGUAAUUCGGUCAAGGAGAACGCCAAGAGUCCGCAAUUGAACAAUAAGUUCGUGGCGCCACGGUCACCACCCCGGCGAACGAAGCAACGCAUCUCGAAGACAAUCAAUAACAGUGUCACCACGUUGCUGGAGAACAUACCGGAAAAGAAAUCGUCCUCCGUGUGUGGGCCGGGUGCGGAUGCGCCGGUGAAGGAGAAAAUCGAAACCAUCACUUCCACCGUGAAUGACAAUGGCUCCUCGCCAUUGCUGAACGACAAGGUGAUGCUAAACAAUAGCAUUAACAGUGCGCAGAAAAUAGCCCAGCAAGUUUUGCAGCUGAAGAAGCAAAGUGCGGACGGGCUGAUGACGCUGUUGCGUGAGCUGGGGCACGGAUUUCUGCGGUUGCAAAACUACGAGUGCGAGAAAGCGAUCGAACACUUCUCCAACGUUCCGCUGCAUCACCACGAGAGCAGUUGGGUGAAGAGCAUGAUCGCGUUGGCUCACCACGAAAUGCGUGACUACGAGUCGGCGGUGCACAUUUUCCACGACAUUCACGAGCGCGAACCGCACCGGCUGCAGUACAUGGAAAUCUACAGCACCGAUCUGUGGCACCUGCAGAAGGACGUGGUGCUGUCGUCGCUGGCCCAGGAUCUGAUGGCUCAGGACAAAACCUCCCCCAUCACCUGGUGCGUGGCUGGAAACUGUUUUUCCGCACAUAAGGAACACGAAACGGCGAUCAAGUUCUUCUUCCGUGCAAUACAGGUCGAUGAAGACUUUGCGUACAGCUACGCGCUCUUGGGCCACGAGCUGGUGAUGACGGAAGAGCUCGAGAAAGCGCUUUCCAUGUACCGGUUAGCCGUGCUGCACGAUCCGCGACACUACAAUGCGUGGUUUGGUAUCGGAACAGUAUUCUGCAAACAGGAACGGCACGAGCUGGCCGAACUGCACUACCGACGAGCGUUGCAGAUCAAUCCGCGCAACUCCGUCAUCAUGGUGCACAUAGCAGUGAUGCAAUUCUUUCUCAGGAAAACCGAUCAAGCCAUACGAACGCUGAACGCCGCGAUCGCGAUCGAUCCACGGAACCCGCAGUGCAAAUUCCAGCGUGGAUCGAUGUUCUUCAUGAUGGGUCGCUACCACGAAGCACUCAAAGAGUUGGACGAGCUGAAGCAAAUCGUGCCAAAGGAAGCGAUGGUGUACUAUCUCAUGGGAAAGAUUCACAAAAAGUUGGGUAACGUUGAUCUGGCCCUGAUGCAUCUGAGCUGGGCCACCGAUCUCGGCUCGAAGGGCGCAAACAAUCAGAUAAAGGACAAUUUCGAUUCCAUCAUCCGGACGCAGGACGGCGAUGGCGGGAUGGACGGUGACGGUGGGCUGGUGGGAGGAGCAGGUGGCGGCGAGUCGAGUAGGGCGGGUGAUUCCGGUGCGGGUGCGACUGGAAGCGCUGGUGGCACCGCGCACGACGGCGACGGGGACGCAGUGGACGAUAAAAUCGGCAGUGUCGGCAGCCUGGAUCCGGAGGCGGGCAGUAGCAGCAUCGACCCGGAUUAUUCGCUCGGGAUCGAGCAGAUAUCUAGUGAUGAUUCAACAGCGGCCGUCAGCAUGCGCAAUGAGUCGCUCGACAUAAUAGCAAACAAUUUUUACGACAGUGACAGCUAUUAGGCUACGGACGAGCACUGGUCGCGACGGCGCCUAUGUGAGCUGGUCACACAUACACAAAUCACACACGCUCGUCUCGUCGUUGUCGUGCCGGCGCGCUUUUGCGAGCGCAGUCAGUCAGUCAAUCAGUCAGUCACAUGCUUAAGCUGCCGCCGACACCCUACCGUGCGUGCGUGCGUGAUCAAAUGUAGAAUAUUCCUAUCGGUAAUGAUUACUCUCGUCUCUUCUAUAUAUGUCCUUUCUUCCUCCCUUUCUCGGGUCUCUGUCAUGGAAGCUAUGUUUUUCCCUCUCUCAGAGUGAAUCGAUCGAGAUUCAUCUAACCAUGUGUAAGAUUCAAUCGUUCGUUUAUAAUUGCGCCCCCUUUUUUUUGUUUGUUAUUCCAUUUACGCCUAAGUAGCAGUUUAUUGUGAAUUCAUUUUAUGGACACCCACCAAACUAAAAAAAAAAGAAGAUGAAUAAAGAACAGGAAACGGCAGUGCAUACAAAUAAAA